GUGCCUGGCCGUCUGGGGUCCAAACAGUUCCCUCCCCUCUAGGAGUGUAUCAUUUUGCUGGGACAGUAAGAUGGAUAUACAUGAGCCAGUGGAAAAAGAAGGUGACUUUCUAGGAAUGAGGUCUUUCUUUUGUGACCACAGACCUCAAGGAUGAGGGUGAUGAGCACACCAAGAGGAGACUGAGGGGAAACCUCCCACUACAAAGAGGCACACGUUAUCUUGAAGCUCCUGGAAGGGAAGAAAAGCCAAAGGAAGGAGCUCUCAAUCCCAUUGGUAUAAAGCUCUGAGGAGACCCACGCAUCUGAGCACUGAGGAUUCGGUUCGGGUCCUUGGCAGAUGGGUGUCAGUAUCAUCUCCUAGCCAGCAGGAUGGAUACCACGCCCUUAAAUUCCCAGAAGGAGCUGUCAGCCUGUAAGGAUAAAGACGAUUGUCAGGAAAAUGGAGUUCUACAGAAGGGUGUGCCUGUCCCCGAGGAUAAGGUGGAGUCUGGCCAAAUCUCCAAUGGGUACUCAGCAGUUCCAAGCCCUGGUGCAGAAGAUGACACUCAGCACUCCAUUCCGGCUGCCACCACCUCCCUAGUGGCUGAGGCUCAUCGAGGGGAACGGGAGACCUGGGGCAAGAAGAUGGAUUUCCUCCUCUCGGUCAUUGGCUAUGCCGUGGACCUGGGCAACGUCUGGCGCUUUCCUUACAUAUGUUACCAGAAUGGAGGGGGAGCGUUCCUCCUACCCUACACCAUCAUGGCUGUUUUUGGGGGGAUCCCGCUCUUCUACAUGGAGCUCGCACUAGGCCAAUACCACCGAAAUGGAUGCAUUUCGAUAUGGAGGAAAAUCUGCCCAAUUUUCAAAGGGAUCGGGUAUGCCAUCUGCAUCAUUGCCUUCUACAUCGCUUCCUACUACAACACCAUCAUGGCCUGGGCGCUCUACUACCUCAUCUCCUCCUUCACGGACCAGCUGCCCUGGACCAGCUGCAAGAACUCCUGGAACACUGGCAACUGCACCAACUACUUCUCCGAGGACAAUGUCACCUGGACGCUCCACUCAACAUCCCCUGCAGAAGAAUUUUACACGCGCCACAUCCUGCAGAUCCAUCGGUCUAAGGGACUUCAGGACUUGGGGGGCAUCAGCUGGCAGCUUGCUCUCUGCAUCAUGCUGAUCUUCACUGUGAUCUACUUCAGCAUCUGGAAAGGUGUCAAAACAUCUGGCAAGGUAGUGUGGGUGACAGCCACCUUCCCUUACAUCAUCCUUUCAGUCCUGCUGGUAAGAGGCGCCACCCUCCCCGGAGCCUGGAGGGGUAUUCUCUUCUACUUGAAACCCAACUGGCAGAAACUCCUGGAGACAGGGGUGUGGGUGGAUGCUGCCGCACAGAUCUUCUUUUCUCUUGGUCCUGGCUUUGGGGUCUUACUGGCUUUCGCUAGCUACAACAAAUUCAACAACAACUGUUACCAAGACGCCCUGGUGACCAGUGGGGUGAACUGCAUGACGAGCUUCGUUUCCGGAUUUGUCAUCUUCACGGUGCUCGGGUAUAUGGCAGAGAUGAGGAACGAAGAGGUGUCUGAGGUGGCUAAAGAUGCAGGCCCCAGCCUCCUCUUCAUCACAUAUGCAGAAGCCAUAGCCAACAUGCCAGCGUCCACAUUCUUUGCCAUCAUCUUCUUCCUGAUGCUAAUCACACUGGGCCUGGACAGCACCUUUGCAGGCUUGGAGGGGGUGAUCACAGCUGUGAUAGACGAGUUUCCGCACAUCUGGUCCGAGCGCCGAGAGUGGUUUGUGCUUGGUGUUGUCAUUACCUGCUUCUUCGGAUCCCUGGUCACCCUGACUUUUGGAGGGGCGUACGUGGUAAAGCUGCUGGAGGAAUAUGCCACAGGCCCUGCAGUGCUCACCGUUGUACUUAUAGAAGCAGUUGCUGUCUAUUGGUUUUACGGCAUCACUCAGUUCUGCAGUGAUGUGAAAGAAAUGCUUGGCUUCAGCCCUGGAUGGUUUUGGAAGAUCUGCUGGGUAGCCAUCAGCCCUCUGUUUCUCCUGUUCAUCAUUUGCAGUUUUUUGAUGAGCCCACCACAGCUACGACUUUUCCAAUAUAAUUAUCCUCAGUGGAGUAUCAUCCUGGGUUACUGCAUAGGAACCUCGUCUUUUAUCUGCAUCCCCACAUAUAUAACGUAUCGGCUGAUCAUCACUCCAGGGACAUUUAAAGAGCGUAUCAUUAAAGGUAUCACUCCCGAAACACCAACAGAAAUUCCCUAUGGGGACGUCCACUUGAACGCCAUAUAAAACACUUCAAUGAGAGGAAAAUGGCUUCCCAACAACCUCUCCUCUGGUUCUGACUAGUCAUGCCUCGCCUUCUCCCCUCUAAGUCAGAGUUUCCAGCUAAGCCUGACAAUGGAAGGGCCUUCUUCACGGAGAGACAGUCCCAAAGACUAUGGUGCCCAGACUGUAAUGGCCUCCAACUACUUCUUUCUGUGAAAUCUCCCUGACAUAUUACGUUAGCUCUGUGACAUAGCUGAACUGGAUUAUUUUGGAUGUGCAAGGGUGUGUAUGGAGGUGAUGAAAACCACCAUCUAGUCAGUUAGGAUUAGGUUUAGAAUCAAGUUUGUAAAAGUCUCAUGUAUCAUUUCUUGUUAUUAUCAUUGGUAUCUGACAUCCAUUUGCUUCUAAAGGUUUCACUGUCAUGAAUGCAUAAACCACGUAGGAGAAAACAGGGAUGCUGUUUUGCUAGCCAUAUAUUUUCUGAAUAGCAUAGAAUUCUGUAGCUGGAAUCUACUAGAACCCUUUAACCUGUGUGCUGCUGUGGAGUCAGGAGAGGAAGAUGUAGAAACUAAAUUCAAAAAUAAUGUAUACAUGUGAGCAUGUGUGUCUGUGUAUACUGUUGUUUCAGUGUAUCCUUAUCUCUAUUCCAAUACUUUGGGCCCAUUUCAAACUAUAUGAAUUUCCUUUAAUUUUUCUUACAUUAACAAAUUCCACCUACUCAAAUGUGUAUGUAUGUUAUUAUAAGGGUAUAACUGCUACACAUGUUCUGUCACCUUCUCCUUUUCCUAUGACACUACUGUAGCCACACACCUUCCUUUAUGGGUCAGUGUUCAGCGUUUGCUGCACUUCAUUGCCAUCUUCCUGUCUCUGCCAGCUAAACAUUCAGGAUAACAUUCCACAGGCAAAUCUGGCCUAUUUCAUCAGUGACUGUGGCUUGGCCGUGAACUGCUUUGAAGAUGGAUACUGACAAAUGCAUCUUCAGUGCUCAGUUAACUAUCUGGUUUAAGCUCUGUUUCAAAUGACUGGGUUACUUUGCUCUGUGAAGAGGAUAAGUGCAAUUCUUGCUUAUAGGAUAUAUAGGUCUGGCACCCUGACUAUAACCAAGGUCAUCCUUAGUCCAGAAGUAAUUGGAGACUUUGGGUUAGCCUUAAAUGGAACUCCCCCAACCCUUCCUGGUGACAAUCAGGACUGUGAGUCCUCCAGAUAAUUUCCCAAGAUUGAGUCUAAACUAAGUAAGGCUGAUUGGAAAAGGGUCAGUUAAAUGAGUAGCUUUUCAUUUCACAUAAAGCCUUUAAUACAUAUCAAGUGAACUUUACCUUUUGUGGCUUGUGACUCUCAGAUGUGUAAGUAAAGAAGCAAAUUCACCUUGUAUAAGAUUUCCUCAUCAAAAUCUUAAAGGGAAUAAAACCUAGUCAAUGAUAAAAGGACUCACUCAUCUAGCCCCAUAUCACUUCACUCCUCUAUAUAAAUCAAAUUUGAUUCUAACCUUAUAGAAAGAAAACCCAUAUAGCAGAGGCCUGGUUUUAUCCAAUUAUAGAUCUUCCUCUCUUGGCUUCCUUUCCCCAACAAUUUCUGCCCCAGACAUCUUCCUGUGUUCCCCCUACAUCCUUCUAUUUCUGAUUCUUUGCCUUUCUCAGCAGGAUAUUUUCCUUAUAGAUGUGAGCUGCUGAGAAGUUUCCCGAAAUAUUAGAGGAAAAGAGAAGAGGGAUUAAAAAAUGUCCCUCACUGACCUACCUUCAUUAUCUUCACUCUUUCCUUCCUUUAUGCUACCGUAUUUCCAUUUUCUUUGCUUUCUUUCAAGCUGAAAGGAGAGGGAUUGUAUAAGUGGCAGCGUAUUCAGUGGUAAAUAGCUUUGCAAAUUUUAAGAACUACUUUAUAAAGAUAUUCAGAUAUGGAUUCUUUCCAUCCCACACACACUUAUACAUGCUUCAAAGAUAUUAUUUUUUAAAAAGCACUUUUUCAAACAAUUAGAGUUGGCCAAGCCAGGUAUUGAGGGAAUUAUAUAGGCAUUUUGAAAUGUUGUCAGACUUCACUGGACUUAAAAACAAAAAACAAAAAACAAAAAACCUCUGUUCUGCAUAGUUUGCAUUUCCUUGAGCCCUAUUUAUCAGUACUACUAUGGAUUUUUUUUAAAGGAAAACGUAGAAGUAGGGAGAUGGAC